AUGAAGUUCUUGACCAUCGCUGCCUCCUUGGCUGUUGCCACCCUUUCUGCCGUCUCGGCUCUCCCCGUCAACACGAGCGCCUUCCAGCCCCGCGCCCUGACCUGCCCCGCUGAUGUCCUCUCCUGCUCCUCUGCCUCCUCAGGCCUCGACGGCUGCUGUGUUCCCUCCAUGGGCCUGCUCCUCCUCGUCCAGCAGUGGUACCAGGGUCUCGGCCCCUCUAACGAGUUCACCAUGCACGGUCUCUGGCCCGACACCUGCUCUGGAGGACAGGGCCCCGCCAAUGGAUGCGACGCCGCCCGUGUUUACACUGAUAUCGACACCCGUCUCCAGAACUACCCCUCCACCCCUGCCGGAUUCAUGGACGACAUGAACACCUACUGGAGCUCGUACAAGGGUGACAACAACGCCUUCUGGGCUCACGAGUGGAGCAAGCAUGGAACCUGUGUCUCGACCUUGGCGCCCAAGUGCUCGUCCAACUAUGUCCAGGAUCAGGAUGUCUUCAACUACUUCAACACCGCUCUCGGCCUGCGUAAACAGUACAACCUCUACAGCGUCCUCUCCGGUGCAGGUAUCAACCCAGGAUCGACCCCUAAUGUUGCCGAUAUGCACAAUGCUAUCAAGGCCGCCUUCGGUGUUGACGCCCAGAUCAACUGUGACUCCGGAGUCUUGAGCGAGAUUUGGUUGUUCUUCAAGGUCAACACUGCUGGAGCCUACGUCCCCGCCGAGGCCCUUACCCGCGGAUCCUGCAAUGGAGCCAUCUCCUACCCCGUCAAGUCCGGCACCAUCGUCCCUACCUCCUCGGUCAAGCCCACAUCGACCACCAAAGCCUCGACUACCACUACUAGCCGCACUUCGACCUCUACCUCUACCCCUACAGGUCUCCCCGAGGGUCGCCAGACUGGCUCCUGCAGCACCAACGGUGCCACCGUCUGUGUCAAGAACGGCUCCUCGAACCAGUACUCCAAGUGCGUCUCUGGCACCUGGAUCCUUAACCAGUGCAAGACCGGUCUUGUCUGCAACAGCGAUACCGCCACAUCCACCCACUGCGCUUAA